UUUUCAAGUGUGACCGUCUAUUAUAAAGUUUAAAUAUCUCUGUUGUCACGGCUUUAUGCUCAUACUUGAUACAUACAAAAACACUUCCGUGUAAGUUUACAUUUUAGGGAUCUUAAACCAGGAAUAUUAAAACAUCAGUAUCACGGGAAUUAUAUACCAGUUUUAGUAACAGGAAUUAAAUGUCAGUGUAACUGAAAACAACGACAAAAACAAUCAUCUUACUCGAGAGAGGGUAAUGUGGCAGACAAUGACUCAGUUUUUGCCAGCCGAUACCUCAUGUGCUGUAACAGGAUCAGACCGGAUGAUCCAGAACCAAUUGCAGUUGGUCAAUGAAGUUAAAGAGAUUGCCCAUCGCCUGGAUAUUCUCGAGAGUGAACAACAAACGCUGAUCAAAGGCCAGGAGUACAUCGUGAGAACACUUAAUCAAGUCCUGAAGAAACUUACUGAUAAAAGCACAACAACGAAGAAACCUCCGGCACAGAAACUGUCAAAUACAAAACAUAAAACACCAUCGACGAAUGAUGUAUCAAAAUUGCUGCAUUUACCACAAGCGCUUCAGAAGAACAUCAAUAAAUUCACAGAAAAUGUUCUAUUCAACCCUACAAACAUUCCUGAUGAGCUGAUAUCUUCAGAAUGUUUGAGUGAAGAUGAAUGUAGUACUAUUGCUGCAAAGUCGAGCUAUAAAGAUCAAGUUCGACUCCUGAUCCGUAAAAUAAAAGCACGUGGUCCUCACGUUAUCGAAAAAUUCCUUGAAAUUGUGGGAAAGGACCAUCCCGACUUGCCACAAGAAGUAAACAAGUCUCUUGAAGUCAUUGUAAAUGCAAGUAAACAAAAACCAGUCUGUGUUAUUUGUGUUAUGAGAUCUGCUGUAGAUUUGAAAGAUGUUGGCGACGAGCUUUGGAAAGCAGAAAUUAUAUCAGACGAUGUCUAUGAAGAUAUUAUGGAAUGUGAAAGUAUUCAUCGAAAUAAGGCUAUUUUAUGGGACAAUAUCAUUAACUCUAUCAAUAACUCUGAACAGCCAAACCAAGCUUUAGACAUUCUGGUCGGUGCGCUGGAAUCAAAAUAUAGAUAUAUAGUGGAGUAUUUAAGGGAAACACCAGAAAGACCGUCAUUGAGUUGUUCGUGUUGUAGAAGACGUAGGGUACGCCCAAGGCCAAAUAUGUCUGAAUUCGGCAGUCAAACUGAUUUAAGUACCACAUCAGAAAUACCCAGAACAAAGCUCCCCAAAACUGUAUACAUGGAAGGAGAGUACACGUCCGAAGAGAGUCGGUCAGUGUCACUGUGUAGUUCCCAGGAAGUGCUUAGCGGUUCCUUCAGGGGAAUCUCUUUUGAUUUACUUGACAGGUAUGACAGCAUAGGCAGUAAUUCAGACAGAGUGUUUUCGAAGAGCUCGGAAAUACAAGAUUCCACGGUAUCUAGUACUACCGACAAUAUCAGCAAUAGAGCAAAAGAUCGUAACAGACAUUCCUCUGGUCAUUUUGUACCGCACGACCAUAGCCAUGACGUAAUGGAUAAUAAUGAACUAAAUCGUAGUAUUCCGUUAAUUUCUGAACCACCUGGAAGCUUACAGGAUAGAACUGUUUACAACAUUGGUGAACGACCAGAACUGAAGCAAAGUAUCAGCAUGCAUAGCAACGUAACAGUCUGUGCAAGUCAUUCCACGAGUUCAGCAGAUGCCACACAUGGUCUGUCGUCGGGCGAAAACCAAAAUAAUCGCUCGUCCCAGUCAACAGACGGUGUCAGUCCAGACGGGGUUCAAGGUCAAAGUGAUAAGCUAGAAUUUCCUAAAGACGUUGAGAACGAAUCAACAAAAGAAACAGCAAAAGAAAGCGACGACGAAGGCCCAUUAUAUUUAAGACAGAAAGCGUACAGAAGACGAAGACAAAAGUCAUCCAGUGAUAAUGUGCCAGAUGAUGAUGAGGACGAUGAUAACUACAUAACAUCUCAAACAUAUGUAGACCGUGCAAGACAGUGGCGUUAUCAUCGGAAACGAUUCGCGAGACAGAGAAGUGUCCCACACGGGGAGAUUACACUGAUCACUAACCCGCGACCUCAACCAGACCAAACAGCGUCCAACGUUGGUGUAAGAACGCAAGAAUCUAGAAAGAGCAAACAAAGUAUGAAACGUGAGUUACGCCGUCAACGGUCUCAGGGUAAGGCUGAAUUUGAAAACCAGGUUGGCAUAAAUGUAACAAGUUUGCCUGAUUUGGAAGACAAAGGAAUGAAGAAACCGUUUAAUCCUUUAUGGGGCAAAGACUUCACACAACCAAAAUUGACUCCGAAGUGGGACCACAAUCAAGCGAAGCGCUACUGGCAGAUGUCACAACUUUAUGCAACUUCAGCUAGAGCUGAAAGGGUCAAGUCAGACACGGAUCUCAGGACUGAAGAACUGAGUGAUACAAUGGCGUUUAGUGAUUUUACAGCUUGACAGUAAACUUAUAAUAUUUGAAUGAACUGUUCAAAACACUGCUUAUGUGAUAACUUCAUAGGAUGUGAAAAGUUUGCUCUACAUUAUUGAAUGAAAUAAUAAAAUCUGGCUAUCCAA